AAACGUCUCGUCUUUGCAUCAAAAUCUCCUUUCGCCUGUUAACUUCGUCGUCGCCGGAUGGAUCAACCGCCGUCGUUUCCUCACUACCGAAACCCUAAACCCAAUUUCUUCCACCAUCAUCCUCCUCUAAACUCUCCCAGUUUCUUCCAGCGACCUCCUCCUCCUCUGCAAACUCCCAACACUUACUCCACCAUAGCCCCAUCUCCGUCAGCGAUCCGCGACCUCUCCGGCACACUCUACUCUCUACAGUCUGUUAUCAGAAUGUCAACGCACCUUAGAUUCACCCUCGCGAAAUCUAUCUCUAGAACACUCUUCUCCUCCUCCUCUCCACAAGGACUGUUUUGUUCGGUGCCCUUUUGAUCACAAUCACCUCAUGCCACCGGAAGCUCUCUUCCUCCAUUCACUUCGCUGCCCAAACACUCGAGAUCUCACUCACCUCUUGGGAUCGUUCAGUAGCUACCGAAACACCCUCGAGUUGCCGAUUGAACCAGAGCUGAACAACGGCGACCUCUGUUUCUCCUUAGGUGACGUCAUAGAUUUCGGGAACAACUUCUUCUGCAACGAUUGCCCAGGAGCUGUUAACUUCUCUGAGCUCGAUGCUAAAGCUGAUGAAGAACGGAAGGGACGUCCUAGUUACCGACCUAUUAUUGAUCAUGAUGGUCUUCCCCGACAACGCUUGUCAAAUCAGGUCCUAUCUCUCUCUUGAAGAAAAAAUCAAAGUAGCAUUCUUCGGAGAUCGUUCAGUCAUGACUUUCGCAACUUCUGUUAUGAGGUAUUGAUCUCUUUGCCAUGAAACUGCGUAUCUUUGAAGUUAUAUUUUGAUGGAGACUUUGAUUUGAUUACUUGCCUAGCUGCUUCCUUCUUGAAAUAGAGUAACUACAAUACGGAUUUCGAGUUAUUGUUAUUUCUUCUGAACAUUAUAUGUUUGAAUUGAAGUCAUCGACCCAUAUUUUACUCAACUUGAGAGUUAAAUGACAAAUUUUAUUGAAACUACGUGUAUGUGUGUCAGUAAAGAAAGUGAAAGAUGUUGACUUCUUUAGAAACUUACAAACGAUGGUGGAGUACUAGACUGGGAGUUUUCUUCAGUCAAAAAUUUGAACUUCUCAUCCUACAAUAAGUAGCAUCACGGACUUUGUUUCCCCAGUUGUCUUAGUCUACAGCUUCUUCCACGAAUCUUCCUGAUGGUAAUGAAAGACUUGGAUGGACUUCUCAAUUUCUCAUGCUUUCCUUCUAUAAAUGCUUACUACGCUGAUAAUACAUUUGUUGUGUCCAUACAAAUCUUUUUCUUUUUCAUUCCGCAAAUUGGUUUUUUGUGACGUACCUUUUUCAUCUCUGCUCUUCUGAUGGUUCUUUCUGCUUUGCCUCGCCGUUGUGAACACCAUAUCUUUCCUAGCUUCCACGGGAAAGAUGUGCGUAGAGGCUUUCUCAGCUGCUUACUGAAGGAGUUCAAAGAGAAAGGAAUCGAUGUCUUCAUAGACAAUGACAUUGAGAGGAGCAAGUUGAUUGGUCCCAAGCUUACAGAAGCUAUAAGAGGAUCGUUAAUUGCAGUUGUCUUGAUCUCGAGGAACUACGCUUCAUCAACAUGGUGUCUGAACGAGUUGGUGGAGAUUAUGAAGUGCAGAGAUGAAGAUGAGCAGAUGGUGGAGGUGAUUUUCUAUGAAGUGGAUCCAUCUGACGUGAAAAAGCAGAAGGGAGACUUCGGACAUGGCUUUAAGAAAACUUGUGCAGAGAAAUUAACGGAUGAAGUUGAGAGAUGGAGAAAAGCUUUGCAGAACGUGGCUCAACUCGCUGGUUACCAUACAACUAACUUUGAUGAUGAUGCGGCCAUGAUUGAAACAAUUGUUACCGAUGUUUCCAACAAGUUCAAUGAUUCUACAACAUCAAAUGAUUCCGACAGCUUAGUUGGGAUUGGAACCCAUAUCAGGGAGAUAUCAUCAUUGUUGUCCUUAGAAUCCGAUGAAGUCCGGAUGGUUGGCAUCUGGGGUCCUUCUGGAAUUGGUAAGACGACUAUCGCCAGAGCUUUAUUUAGAGAGCUCUCUAGUAAGUUUACACAUACUGCUUUUAUUGAGAGUAUCAAAGGAAAGUUUGAGCAAAACUAUCGAGACGAGCACACGUUCAUGUUGCAUUUACAAGAACAACUUUUGUCUAAGACCUUAAAUCAGAAAGAUCUGAAAAUAGGUCAUCUGGGUGUGGCAAAAGCAAGACUGAAGGACAAGAAGGUGCUUGUCGUUCUUGAUGAUGUGGAUGAGUUAAAGCAGCUAGAAGCCAUGACUGACCAAACUUGCUGGUUUGGGCCUCAAAGUAGGAUUAUCAUCACGACAAAGGAUAAAAAGCUUUUGGUAGCACAUGAGAUCAACCAUAUUUACCAUGUGGGUUUUCCAUCUACAUCUGAAGCUCUUGAAAUUCUCUGCCUGUCUGCUUUUCGUCAUAAGUCACCGUCACUUGGGUUUGGGGACAUGGCAAUAGAAGUUACAUGGCUCGCCGGUCAUCUUCCUUUGGGUCUACGUGUUUUUGGCGCAUAUCUGCGAGGAAUGUCUAGAGAUCAAUGGAUACAUGCAUUGCCUAGACUUAGGACGAGUCUUGAUGGGGAGAUUGGGAAAGUAUUAAGGUUCAGCUAUGAUUCUUUAUGCGAGGAAGAUCAAGAAUUGUUUCUUCAUAUAGCAUGUUUUUUCAAAGAUGGGUGCAUUAAUGACGUGGUGGAGUGUCUUGCGGAAAGUCGUUUGAACGUCAACCACGGGCUCCAAGUGUUGUUGGAUAAAUGUUUCAUAUCUAAAGACGAACAGGGAUGGUUGGUGGUUCAUAAUUUGCUUGAGCAAUUGGCUAAGGAAAUUGUUCGUAAACAGUCUGUUUCUGAUCCUGGGAAACGUCAGUUCUUGGUGGAUGCUCAGGACAUUUGUGAUGUACUCGAGGAAAAUGCUGGCACUGAAACUAUUAGAGGAAUAGAUUUUGACUUAUCGGAGGACAGGGGAGAAUUAAUCAUUGACGAGCGAGCCUUUGAAGGGAUGUCUAGGCUCCAAUUCUUAAGAUUCAAGAAACGGGGUUUGUAUAGCAACACCAAACUUCUCCUGCCCCAGGGUCUGAAAUUCAGAGCUAGUAAACUUAUAUUUCUUCAAUGGGAUCAGUUUCCGCUGACAUGUUUUCCUCGUGAGUUUCAACCGCGACGUCUUGUCAAACUUAUGAUGGAGGAAAGCAGGCUUGAGAAGCUGUGGGAAGUACCUAUUCCUCUCCCAUGUCUGAAGUUGAUAGAGCUGUCUAGUUCCGACUACCUCAAAGAACUUCCGGAUCUGUCUAAUGCCACUAAUCUCAAGGUACUGAGUGCUGGUUUUUGCUCAAGUCUGUCGGAGAUCUCUUCUAUUGGGAAGUCCACUAGUCUGGAGGAGUUGCAUCUCGCUGGUUGCUUUGAGUUGAUUGAGAUCCCCUCUUCAAUUGGGAAUGCUAUUAAUCUCAAUACGUUGAAUGUCCAGGUGUGCCAGGGUCUGGUUGAACUCCCCUCCUCUAUUUGGAGCCUUAAGAAGUUAAAGAAACUGUUAAUUGCAGGAUGCCCAAAGCUAAACCAUUUGGGGUCACAGUUGAGAAGCUUUCCUGAUAUUUCCGGAAACAUUACAGAAUUUGAUAUGAGUAACACAGCGAUAGGAGAAUUUCCUUCAUCAAUCAUGACUUUUUCGUGUCUUCGUAAACUCUCAGCAAUGUGUGCCGAUUGCCUCAGGGUGUUUCCAGAUGUUCCUGACACCAUCGAAGUGUUACUAUUGCUCAAUACGGAAAUAGAAGAAAUUCCUUCAUCGAUUCAGAAUCUCUCACGUCUCACUCAACUAAGCAUGCCUCGCUGCAAGAAGCUAAAGGUACUUCCAACCAACGUCAACCUGCAAUCUCUCUCUUCACUUGAUCUCAGUUCCUGCACACAAUUGAGAACGUUUCCAGAGAUAUCUACAAGCAUUAGAUAUCUGAAUCUGAGCGAUACUGCUAUAGAAGAAGUCCCUUCAUCCAUAUGGUCUUGGUCUCAUCUUCUUGAAUUGAACUUGGAAGAUUGCCGCAGCCUUCGGGUGUUCCAUAGUUUUCGUGACAACAUCGAAGAGUUGGACUCGGACUUGAGCGAUACGGGAACAGAUUUCUCAGGUGGUGAUAUGGAGACUGUUCUACCCUUACGUAUAAACCUCAAAGGGUGCAAGAAUCUCGUGUCAUUGCCCCACAUUCCGUAUUUUGUCUCAGCCCUUGAUGCAUCUAACUGUGAUUCGCUGGAGAGAAUAGAUGGCUUAGUUAGCAAUCCGGAGAGAUGUCUCAGCUUUGCUAAUUGUUUCAAGCUGAGUGAAGCAGCGAAAGAACUUAUCGAGGUAUCAGAUUGCAAGUUUGCGCUGUUACCUGGUGGAGAACUGCCUGCAGACUUUGAUCACCGAUCAAGAGAGGGUUUACUAACUGUCAGUUUGUGUCAGAGCCCUCUUCCUUUAUUCGUCAGAUUUAAAGCUUGCAUUUUGCUGCUACAUGGCCACUAUAUAAAGGACAAUGAUGCCAUUUGGUAUGAUAAGGACGAGGAAUGGAUGGGUGCCAAUAGGCUUUUCUGUGACAUAUUGUACGUUCAGAAUGGCGUCUAUGUUGGACAUGGAUCAUGCAGGUACCAGCUACCCGCAAUACUUGGAUCUAAGGAGCAUCUGUAUUUCUUGGAAUCUUCCAUUUCAUUAAACCUUCCUGAAACAGAUGUGAAUUUCAGCGAGCUUCGUUUGGAGUUCAAUAUCGCUGGUACAUACUGGGAUGUAAAAGACUUUGCUGUACAGCUCUGGGAAGACCCUGAUGUUGAUGAUAACCACGGAUACUGUGAAGAUACUCACAACGAAGCUGAGUACAAAGAAACUGCAGACAUCAAGAUAGAGAAAAUUUAUAUGGAGGAGCAAUGUGAAAAAGAAACAAUUUAAGAGGUUUCUGUAAUUCAAUGGUUGAAUAGUACAGAGAGCAGAGUUGGGUGCUUGUGUCCUUGUAGCGUAUCUUCGGCGUAUAGGUACAUGUCUUUUGAUCAGUGGCAUUAGCAUCUACCUAUCAGCGAGCUGGUCUGGCUCUCUUGGACUACAACAAUCAGUCACCAAGAUCUGCGUACCUCUCUAAUCAAGAGGGCAUGUUCCUGAAACUGAGAUUUGAUGAUUUUGUUUUUCGAAUUAUGUGAUAUAUCAGUUGUUUGUUUCUAUUUUCAAGCAUCUACUUUAAACAACAUUGGUUAAAUUGACAUGUUAUAGCAUUGUUCACUUGGAACAAGAAUGUAGGAUGGCUGCACUUGUCUGAUCUGGAUUCAUAUUUCUUGCGA